UAUACAGUAGACUGUGGUACUAUAUAUAUACACAUAUAUAUGCGCUCUACUAUAUACUAGGUCAAUAAGGAUAUAUAUAUAUAGCUCUCGAUUAGCAAGUGAUCAUUACUGAAUAAUAUACGCAACUAACGAGAAGAUUCUUAGAGAGGGAUUUCUCAACUGUAUUCCACACGCAGACAGUUCAUAUGCAUGCACUGCUGCUACCACUAGUCGAUAGUGUCGUCCCUGGACCUGUAUAUAUAGCCAGGGACUCUAGCGAGCUUUCUUCACUCCCAUCCCAUCCAGACAACAAAGCACAAGAUCGAAGAACAAAGAGCUGCUUUCUGCUGCUGAUAGCUCCUACUGCUCCAUACUUACGGGCACUGGUCACAAUGGAGAACAAAUCACCCUCCUCAUGCGUCAGCGCAGCCGCCACAUCCACCAUGUCAGCCGGCGAGAGCAGCUGGGCGAUGCACAUCGCAAACUUCCUGGCCUCCACGCCGCAGCAAGAAGGCAUCAGAGAGAUGGAUGAUCAGCAAGCGGCAGUCUCUGGCGGCAGCAGCUUCUCCUCUGGCUUCUCUUCUUCCUUCGAUUCCUUUGGCGACGACGCCUCCUUCAUCACGUCUGAACUCAUGUGCGACGACGACGACGAAGAGGAUGAGUCCCUACAGGACACGGCCUGUUCUUCUGCAGCUGGCCACCAAAAGAUGGUCACCAUGGAGAAUUUCGAUCUGAAGCAAAUGUCAGCCAUGGAUGCGAAAGAGUUCAACAUGCCCCAGCUCAUGGCCAAGUACUUGGAAGCUAUGGGUUCAAAACAGCAGUUGAUUGGCGUGGAUCAACAAGCCAUCAAUAGUUUUAGUACCAACGAGAAGGCGCUAUACGAGAGUAAUGAACUGAGGAAGAAAGGGCUUUGCUUGGUCCCUAUCUCUAUGUUGAUAAACUAUCUUGGAUGAUUGUUUUCAAUGUAUACCACCAGUAUAUUCAAUGCAAGUGUAUACAAUUAUUAUAGUUCAUACA